GCAACCUUCUUUUUUCCUUUUUUGAUGUAUUCGCAGGGUGGCAUCAUUGCAUCCAUCACUCGCAUGUAACGAUUUAUCUGGAUUGACGACAGCAUGAUUGGGCGUUUCUUCUUUUCUUUCCAUUCCCCCUUUUUUUAUUUUGCUUUUCAUUUCGUUUUCGUCUCCACCAUGCUCUCUUUGGCAUUCUCUUGUCAUGACGGCUGGACGCCUUGAUGAGUCGACUACCGACGACGGUUGACGUUGGUUAGUUCAUCGACACGACGCUCAGGAUGAGAAAAGAACCAACCGCUUGGAGUUUGAUGAGCCACGGACUGGCCUCCCAAGUCCUGGCUUUUUGUUCUGGUCUACGACGAAAACGACAGCAUCGUGAUGACCGACUUGGGGAGCAGACGGCCCUUCCAAAACUCCUCAAAUGGCGGUGGGAGCGCAGUCCGCCAGGUGGCAUGCCAGCAGGGCAGCUUGGGGUUGAUGCCCGGAUUGCUCCACCCAACAUCUAAUCCCCACGUCACAAUUCUUUCUUUUCCAUUUUUCAUGAGCAAUCCUUCAUCAUUUCCCGUGAUUUUAUCUCCCUGUAUCUUGUCUCCUUAUUUCCCUCCUCCCACAUCUUCCACCAUCUUGCCUUCCUCCUCUUCACCCCCUUGUUUAUGAGUGCAUUCGCAGGGCUCCGAUCCACGAUCGGAGACAGACGGGGCCUACUUUCGCCCCUCGUGCCUGCGAGUCUGAACGUACUAUAGAGAGAUUCAACAAAAGAAAAAAACAAACCAAACCAAAAGCCACACAUAACUCCCCCUCAAAAGACAGUUCUGCUUUGUUUACCUAUCAAUCAAAUAUCUCGAUUGUGCCCCCCAUUUCCUUGUUUGAUACCCCCCCUUGAAUUUCCUUCCCUAUUUCAACUCGGUUGGAUGUGUUUAUAAUCCCUCAACGGUCGUUUUAUUAUCCCCUGACACACGCCCCCGCCUUCACUUCCUGUUCCUCCCCCUCUCGUGUCUCUCCUUCACAAGGUGCCUUAUCUCUACUGGCACUUCUCUUGGUUUGGUCCUGGCUCGCCUUGUCCCUUCUCUAUGAGACGGGCGGAACCAGCGGUUGGCUAUAUCGGCGACAGCCAACUUUAUCGACGGAUAUAGUCGCAUGAUGUAUGUAGAAGGAGAACGAUCAAAAACAAAAAAAAGCCUACUGAUAGCUUUGAAUGGACACUAUUUGACCCCA